CGACAACAGCCUACAGGCUACCACUGAGACUCGGCGUUGGUCCACUAAACACAAAGCGGCAAUGCCGAACUCUGCACAGUCUUUUGUACACGCAGCAAGCGUAGAUGGCGAACGGCCCGCUAAACGAGCCAAAGUGGAGGACAGCCCAGACCAACUUCGAUCGAUUGGCGGUGGCGAAAAUGAACACAAGCCCAUUGACGGAAAUGCAAUACCCGACGCUCCUGUGAAUGACGAUUUUGAGGACCUCUAUGGCACGGGGCCGGGGAACAUGAAAAACGAGCCAAGGACGUCAGACCUGUACCUUGACACCAUUAACAGAGCCUUGCUCGAUUUCGACUUCGAGAAGGUCUGCUCUGUUUCUACGUCGAAUAUCAAUACAUAUGGUUGCUUGGUGUGCGGAAAGUACUUUCAAGGACGGGGGCGAAACUCGUAUGCUUACGCCCACUCUAUUCACGACGACCACCACGUAUUCAUCAACCUUGAAACGGCGAAGGUCUAUGUACUUCCAGAUGGUUAUCAUGUGUCAGACCCCUCCUUGGAGGACAUUUCAUUCGUACUCAACCCGACCUUCACACCAGCGUCGAUAUCGGGUUUGUCAUCACCUACGCAUUUACUCAAACCAUCCUACGAUCUGAACAACAGACCCUACAUUUCGGGCUAUAUUGGUCUCAAUAACAUCAAGCGCAACGAUCACAUGAACGUCAUCAUACACUCAUUACUUCACGUCCCACCGUUACGCGAUCACCUCCUUCUGUCUAAUUUCAAAGGAAAAGAACCAGAGCUGUUGAAGCGUUUUGCAACACUUGCCAAAAAGAUAUGGAACCCGCGGCUUUUCAAGAGUCAAGUUAGUCCGCACGAGUUCCUCCAAGAAGUCAACCGUGCUAGUGGAGGGAAGUUUAGGCUGGAAAAACAAGGAGAUCCUGUGGAAUUUUUGGGGUGGUUGUUGAAUCACCUUCACAAAGAAAUGGGCGGCUCAAGAAAGAAGAAUUCCAGUAAAAUCUAUUCGACGUUCCAGGGGGAGCUGCGUAUGGAGACACAACAAGUCAUAGUUCGCCCGGACGCUAGCGGAAAUGAGAAACCGAAAUUUGAUAUUGACAGAGAGAUCAAGUCGACAACGUCACCAUUUCUCUUCUUAGCUAUCGAUCUUCCACCGCCACCCCUUUUCCAGGAUGCGGUCGAGAAGAAUAUCAUUCCUCAAGUCAGCAUCUACUCUGUGCUCGCUAAGUACAACGGUGUUACGACCCAGGAAUCUGCUGGUCAACUGCGCAGGUAUAAGUGCCAGCGGCUUCCGCCUUACAUCAUUCUCCAUUAUAAACGGUUCACAAACAACGUAUUUGUGGAAGAGAAGAACCAUACAAUUGUCACGUUUCCACUUAGGGGCGUUGAUUUCCGCGAAUACCUUGAUGCACCACCUUCACAUCCACCAACCGUCUACGAUCUGAUUGCAAACGUUACCCAUGAAUCCGUUGCGGGCACCACGCGUGAUAAAGAGAAUACUACCUGGAAAGUUCAUCUCCGUGCUGGAGGAGGAGGAGGUGAUGGCGAGAAGUGGUUCCAGAUUCAAGACCUAAUUGUCGAAGAAACGCGAAAAGAAAUGAUUUUUUUGGGCGAAUCAGUGUUGCAGGUUGGAAUACAAUUUUUCAAUAUCAAGAACACUAACGGUGACACCUACUUACGCCAGAUAUGGGAACGCCGUAGUGCGAGCGCCCCCAAUACCGAUGGCGUGUCGGUGAGAACGAAUGGCGAUCGUUAG